AUGACUCUUCUCUUCCUGCAUCUCUUCGCCCUUCUAGGUGGAGUUGCGUAUGCCGCUUCCUCUUCGUCGGUCUCUGUCUCUAGGUCGUCCAUUUCGCUCCCCCCAAUCUAUAUGCUCUGUUCCGAACUGGAAGCAUUCAACGCCAACCUUGGCCCUCUCCUCAACUUGACCCAAUAUAUUCCCCCCGGCACGUCCUCCUUACUUCUUCCUCAACUCGAGCAGCGCCUCGCCGCAAUCGAGUCCUUCACCGCAGGUUACAGUGACCUCGUCAAUGCGUUUAGCGCCGACAACUGCGCAGCAGCUCGAGAAACUAUCGUCCCGUCUACCCGUCUGCGGAGUCGUCAGCUCGAUCUAGUGGGCGUCGUAUGCCAAGUCUUGGGUCUUGUUCAGGAAGCGCUGGCAAGCUUCAAAUGUGCUAGGCUGUCCAACCAACCACUCUAUAUUUCCGUCUAUAUUCCCAUGUCCACAAAAGCAAACGAAUUUCAGUUUGAGCUUCGCGUUCCUGACUACCAGUAG